CACUAUGCAUCUCUCCGGUGUUCUCUUGCUCGCAUUGUGUGAUUUGUUUAUUUUCUGAUAAGUAGCCAAACCAGCUUCAAGUUUUAUCGAAUGAAUAGCAAACGUAUCAGUGCUACUCAGCGCGAUCCUCAUUCAAACGAUAAUUCCAAGAAAAUAUUCAUCAAUCGUAAGGGAUACGAAUAUGGAGACAGAUGAGCAGUCAAAAUAUCGUAAAAUUUUACAUAUUUUGUUUUUCGUUCUAAUUACUUGGGCACUUGUUACAACUUGUGAGCUUUCUGCACGCUAUUUGAAGCCCACUUUCCGAACGGAACUAGCGUAUCCAGUAGAACCGAUACUCGAGGAACCGGCAGUCGAGAAGCCGCCGCGCAAUGAUUCAAUUUUCUAUAGUCCAAUGGUGGAGUUUAAAAAUCGAAUAAAAGAACUCGAAUUAGAGGCUAGUGAGAAGAAGAAGCGACGGAGGUAUCGCGCGGGCCCAUCGAUCCUUUAUGAAGUGAAUGUGCAAAGUAAUGAAUUGCAGGAUGUGAGCUAUAUGUAAAACAUAUUAAACUAACUAAUUGGUACCUACUGACAGUGGGUGGGUCCAAAAUUUCGCUGGUUUGGCAAUUCUACCGAACCAAGAAAACAAUUGCAAAGGUGUUUUUCUAUAGAUGAGGAGAAUUUUUAUGAUUUAAAAAUUGGUUGAAAAUUACGACCAAAAUCGUCGCACAAAAUCGAAUAUCUCGAAAAGGAGAAGAGAUAGUGAAACAAUUUAAUGGUGUUUUAAAGCUUUUGAGACGGAAAAUUCAGGAAAAAUAAUUUCGUUGGAUAAAGAAAUUGUCUUCACCUUUAAAAUGACCUCCAAAAAUAUAAGGUUUUCAAUUCUUUUCCUU